GAAAGCAAAAGAUGUUGAUAUGUUAUCUAUGCACAAUGGAUAGUGGAAAUAACUAGAUAUUUCUUUAUAUAUAAACAAUUAACCUAGAUAAGAUCAAAUUGGGAAAAAGUAUUAGAUCUACCUUGAUGACACUUCCCAUGAGGAGAAAAAAAAGAUUAGAAAAAAAUUUAUAUGAUAUACUAAAAAGACCUUCCCCAUUAGUUCAAGAAGUGGUAUUUUUGAACCUAUCAUGCAUAAGAUAUGUGAAUCAUUCUUCAAAUUGUGUGAACUUUACAACCAUGUAAAACUCACAUGCUAUGAGAAGGAAUGUGCAUAUAUGUACAGUGCACAAGAUACUUUCGUCUUCUUGAAGGGGAAAUUAGUAAGUGCAUUUUGUGUACAUCCUUCUCUCAUAUAAGCAAGAGCCCCACAACCCACUUAUCAUGUCUAUACACGAUGGAAUAUACCUUUAUGUGAAAGAGAAGUAUAGAUGUGUAAUACAUCGAAUCCCUGAUAGUGCAUGUGUUUUAUAAAUGUGUUUAUAUAGGGGAGAAAAUACUACUAGUAAAAUGUGUUUAUAAAUGAAAAUUCUGUAGAGUAAUUUUGUGAUAAUUGAUUUAACAAUAUAAAUAUAUUACCUUUGCAAGUAAAUCAUAAUUUUUUUUAAUAAUUAUUGCGGCUGUUGGUGCCUGUCCUUUUGGACUGCAGGGGCAGUCUAUAGUGGCCCAGAUUUUCCUUAGCUGCUUUUGGGCCCAAAUUUUAAAUGCCCCACAUAGGUUUGUGCCACCUGUCCCCAUUUUCCCUCCAUAAAUUUUUGUCACCUUGGUUUCUUUCAAAAGUGGUUUCUGGAUGUGCCAAAAGUCAGAAAAGCACUUAGACAUCCCAAUAAUUCCCAACCAGGACCUAUUUUGGUCAAAAAGGAACCAAAUUAUUUUCAAUUAAUAAAUUCCAAAAGUUGACCUGAAUAUUUUGAUUGAACUUAAUUAAAUUCCAUUAAUGUUUUGGUACUUGUAUUUGGAAUGUCAUGUUCUACUUUUCCACCUUGCAGGAUGAAAUUUGUGACAUAUGUGGUGAUGCUGGUUUUGACUAUGCAUUAGCUACUUGCUCCAGUUGCUGUAGUCAUGAACAUGGUUAUUGCAUGCCGCUUAUUCUCCAUGAUAUUCCAGAAGAUUGGAUUUGUAAAUCAUGUUUGUCAAGUGGGAUGGUAUUGCCAGAAGCUGGUGGGAAGGACAUCACCAUGAGAACCAUGACAAUAUAUUGCUCUGAAAUGACUACAGCAGGUGGUAAGUCCCAAGCUGUUGCUGAACAAAAGAACUCUGAUGUUGAAAAAAGCAAGUUGCUGAAUAUUUUACCUAUAUUCAAGCUAUACUGUGAUUAUCUCCCUACUUCACAUGCUACUUGGAAGGGAGGAUUUUCUGUUAUUAAUUCUACACCUAAAAACUUUCUUGGUGGGUUCAAGGCUCAACUUCCGCCCUCCAUCAGUUGUAGAGCCUCUGAGUUUUCAGGAAAAAUGCCUCUAGUCCUUAGUGUUGAGUUGCUUCCUCAAUCCCAAAUUUUGGCAGAUCUUUUUCAGAAUGAUUGUCCUGAUCUUCGUGACAUUGCUCUAUACUUUUCCCCUGAUGAUAAUAUUGAGAGUUCCAAAGAGCACGCUGCCUCCCUGUUUGAGCAGAUGGAGAUCCAAAAUUCAUUGAUGAGAAGCUCCUUUAAUGGUGUGGAGUUGCUGAUAUUUACAUCAAAACAGCUGCAUGUGGACUCGCAGAAUGUUAUUGCGAGGUUGGAAGCAGAAUACCAGUUUUGGGGAGUCUUUUGCCCUGUAAAAGAUAAUCAUACUCUUGACAAGGGAGAUGCAGAACCUCCUCCAGUCAUUUCUUCUGUGGAACAUGCACACAAUGACCGCGUGAGCAUGGAUGAUAGUGAGGCAGUUGAUAUGGAAAUUGAUAUGGUAGGUGGAGAGAAUGUGGGGAGAGAUGAUAUGGUUGUUUCAAGAUAUGCAUCCAAGAGACAUUAUGAACUCACUUCUAAUUCCGGGAGUAAAUUGCAUAGGUUAGAUAGAAAGACUUCAACUAUUUUGAAGUAUUUGAUUUCUAGUAGUGAACAAUUAAUAUUAGGGUAUAAACAAGGGGUUAGAAGUAGAAGUGAGAUUGCUUUUGAGCCCCACUUGCACAGCUCAAAUAGGAAGUGUUUCAAUGCGGUGGACCAAGAUGGCAUUCCUCCGGGAUUUGAGAAAGUUUUAAGACGAAACUGAGAGAUAUUAUACAAUACUACAAUCAUAGAGGAAAAUCCUGCAGUACCAUCCAAGAUAAAGUUCAGUUGAUGGGGGAAGAUAUGGCAGCUGUAGCAGAGAAAUAUGAACUGGGGAUGUAUUAUGCUGAGAAGGAAUUUGAGUGAGCAGGGCUUCUUUCAAGCAUGACCAAAUGCUCUACCCAGUUUGGCUUUGAAAUUUGUCCUUAUGGCAUGGAAAGAACUUCACACGUAUACUUGUAGGUGUUAGUUGAACUUGUUAGCAACAUGGUAAAUCUGUAAAUGCCUGGAAGAUUUCAUGAUAUAGUCAAAUGAUUUGAGGCUUGGACUCUUGGACUGAUUA